UCGUAAAAUGCAUGCACGUUCGUGACGUUACUAAACAGCUAUGAGCUAUGUACAGCAAAUGCCGUUUUAGGUUAGAAGCUUUCCGUUGCAGGUGAGGUAAGUAAUGGAUCCCUUCCGAGUCCUUUGUGGCUGUGAAUUGCCUGAAUUGGUUAUCUCGUGUUCGGACCUGGGAGAAGUUGGAGGGACCUAAGUCCAACCGUCUGCUGAAUGGAGGCUGCGAAAUGCUGUGGAAGUCUGUAUGCAUCUCUAUUUCACGUGUCGACUCAGCGAAAUGAAAUCCAUGGUAUUGAUAGCAAUUUAGUGUUGAGACUGCCAAGCUUCCAUAUCAUAAACUUUGUGGACGUGGGUUGUCACCGUAGCAAGAAUCUCCGAUCAGCGUUUACCCUCAAAAAUUAAGUUCUAGGGUCGAGACUGAGGCCGUAAAUCCCUGGCGUGCAUGGCCUGCGUACGCCCCAUCACCACGGUGAUCCGGGACGACAUCCUUCCCAUGGCUGUCACGGCAGACAUGCGUGCGUGUGCGUGUCGCUCACAAGUCGCUGUUCGCACUCUCUCCCGGCAUGUCUGCACCGACAGUCUCCUUCAUUACAGUAUCUGUUUCGCACUGGAUCGAUUUCUCGCGCCGGUCUCUCUAUAUCAGCCUGCUCUCCAUCGCCGCCAAUCCGCUUCUGUGGAACAUCAUCGGUCGGAACGAAUACAAGAAUCGAACACUGAGUAGACGAUUUGGGGCACGCAUCUCGAGCACCGUACUCGGCAUUUCGAUUUUUGUGGCGGGCUUAUUGCGGGACGUCCUGUAUCGGAUCGCCAUCCACGACCAGCCCCGGUACCCUCUCCCAUACGCAGUCCAGACCCUGCUCGCCUGGUGUCUCUUUGGGCUCGGCAACGCGCUCGUGGGCGCCUCGUACCUGCGCCUGGGCUUCUACGGCACAUUCUGCGGCGACUAUUUCGGAAUCCUGCAGACCAAGCGCGUGACCGGCUUCCCGUACAAUGUCCUCGACAAUCCAAUGUAUGUUGGCGCCACGCUCUGUUUUGUAGGCGCGGCACUGUGGUAUGAGCGGCCGGCGGGUUUGUUGCUCGCGCUGUACGUGCAUAUCACGUAUGCCGUUGCGUUGCGUUUCGAGGAGCCUUUCACGCGAAUGAUAUAUGGUGGGCGUGAGAAGAUGGAGUAGACACAGUAGACACACCUAGAGGUUCACACCGUAGAUUGCAUUCGUGACAGUGAAGAGAAACAUGCCAAAUUCAUCCACGGUGGCUAACCACUCGUCGAUCCGCUGCCUUCGCUGCUGUGCCACUUGGGCGUCCUCGUCCGGCCAAAGAUCUUGCAGAACAGGUAAAUUGCUGUUCACAGCAGUCCGACGGUACUCCUCGUCCCACUGAGCCGCAGAUCGAGCGUGCCACAGCGCUUUGCGGCCGGGCA